AUGACCAAGGACUCGCCUUCGGGGGGCGGCCGCGCGUCAUCCAAGAAGCCGGGCAGUCCGGUCCCGGCGGCGGCAGUGCUGGAGGAGCAGAGGCGGGAGCUGGAAAAGCUGCGGGCGGACCUGGAGCGGGAGCGGGCACGCGGGAGGGCCGAGCGACGGCACUUCGCGGCCCAGGCGCGCCAGUUGCGGGAGGCGGCGGAGCGGGAUCGGCAGCAGCUGGUGGACCAUCUGCGCUCCAAGUGGGAGGCGCAGAGCAGUCGAGAGCUGCGGCAGCUGCAGGAGGUCAUGCUGCGGGAACGCGAAGCCGAGAUCCGGCGGCUGCUGCGCUGGAAGGAGGCCGAGCUGCGGCAGCUGCAGCGGCUGCUGCACCGCGAGCGCGACUGCGUCGUGCGCCAGGCCCGGGAGCUGCAGCGCCAGCUGGCCGAGGAGUUGGUGAACCGCGGCUACUGCGGCCGCACGGGGGCCCCCGAAAGCGGCGCGGCACAGUGCCGCUGUCGCCUGCAAGAAGUGCUGGCCCAACUUCGCUGGGACAAAGACGGCGAGCAGGCCUCACGCAUCCGCCACCUGCAGGAGGCGCUGGACGUGGAACGCCAGUUCUUCCUGAAGUACAUCCUGGAGCACUUCCGAUGGCAGCUGCCUCUGGCCGAGUCCCAGCUCCUCCGGGCCUUGCCUUCCUCGGAAGAGCAGCUCCCCGAGACCGCAGGCGGCUCUUGUGGUCCCGCAGAGUCCGCCUAUCAUGUGGAGUCUCUCCGCAGCCUGAGCAGCGCCGUCUGCCUGCGCUCCCGCUCCCUAGACUUGGUACCCCUGGCGGGCUCCAGCCCCCCCCAUGGCCUACUCCCCACCCGCCCCAGCUCCCUCGAUUCCUUGACACCAAUGCGUUCCCUCUCGCUUGACAGCACCCUGUGUAGCAUCAAGACUCCCGAGUCCAACGAGGGGCCGGACUCCACCUCUCCGAUCGCUUCCAUCCUCGGAUCGCCAAGUCCCUCCCCACCGCCCGCCUCCGGGCGGCCCAGAGACCUGAGGGGCGAAGACGACGACUCCGGCGGCAGCCAAUCCUGCGAGACUCUCACGCCCUCGCCGAAGGGACAGGACUACCGCCAAUUGGCCAAGCAAAACUCCGAACUGUCGGAGGCGUUGCAGGUGCUGGCCCACCGCUGCUCGGGCCUGCACGCCGAGAACCAGCAACUGCGGCGCGCCGGCCUACCCCGCGAGGCGCACGAGAAGGUGAAGCGGCUCAAGGUGAAGCACGCAGAGCUGACGGGCCUUGCGCGGCGCCUCGAGGACCGGGCCCGCAAGCUCCAAGAGACCAACCUGCGGGCUCUGAGUGCGCCUGGGCUGGGCGAGAACGGCACGGGCCUGGGGCUGUGCCAGGUCUUGGGCAGCCAGCGCGCCCGGCACUUGUCGGAGCAGGCGAGCGCGCUGCUGGCCAAGGACAAGCAAAUUGAAGAGCUCCGACGAGAGUGCCACCUGCUGCAGGCGCGCGUCGCCUCGGGCCUCGGCUACAGCCCGCACGCGGACGGGGGCGCUGCCCAGGCCCAGUGGCUCAGCAUCAACGACCUGGACCGGCUGCAUCGCGAGUCUCAGCGGGAGGUGCUUCGCCUGCAAAAGCAGCUGACACUGCAGCGGAGCACCAGCAGAGCCCGGGCGGGCGACAGCGGCCAGAGCGCCCCUAGCGAGGAGGCGGCGCGGAGCCAAAUCGAAGCGCUGGAACGCGAGCUGGGCGCCCUGCGGCGGGAGUGCGCCGACCUGAGUGCCCAGGCGGCCGCUGAACGACUGCGCGGCGAGGAGGCAGAGGCACAGCUGCGGGCCGCCCAGCACAAAGGCGCCUGGCUGGCGAGGGAGAACGCCCGGCUGCAGACCCAGGCCGAGUGGAUGAGCAGAGUGGCGGAGGAGAACAGGGACGUCCGCGAGCAGCUGGACCGCGCGUGCCAGGAACGCGACGCCGCCGACCUGCUGGCGCAGCAGCUGCUGCAGCAGGCAACGCGCGAGCAAGACAGGCAGCAACAGCUGCAGGGUGAUCUGCAGAAGGCCCUGCGUGAUCUCCAGGCGGCCCGCGAGGAGAUGCAGGCGCUGCAGCACCAGCCUGCUCUCCAGUCGGGGGAUCCUCAGGAGAUUCCCCAAGGCCUUGCAUCCCAAGGCAAGAAAAACGGAAGUACUGAGUUCCUUCCAGGGCCUGGAGACCCAGCCUCAUUAGAACCGGGCAGAAACAGACAGAAGAAAGAUCCUUCCCAGAUGGAGAACCCAGUUGCCCUUGGGGAGCCAGCCAGUGCUCCCCCAAUGCCCAACAGAGUCCCAGCUAAUCGUCCUCCAGACUCCAGGCCCCAGACCAAGAAACUCAGCUCCGUGUUCAAUGUCUCCUCUGAGGUGGAAUCUGCAUGGACCAGUGUGCCAUCUUUCCUGGAUGUGGACAUGGCCAAUGAGGUAGAUGGUCUGGAACUUGAUAAUGUGUCGUCAACACUGAAAACUGAGAAGUCAGAGGCUUCUGACACCCCAAAGUUCAAGAUCUUUCUGGCGAGGUACAGCUACAACCCACUGGAGGGGCCCAAUGAGCACCCAGAGUCUGAACUGGCCUUCACAGCAGGGGACUAUGUUUAUAUCUUUGGAGACACGGAUGAAGAUGGCUUCUAUGAAGGGGAGCUGGAGGAUGGCCGGCGGGGGCUGGUGCCCUCCAAUCUGGUGGAACAAAUCACAGAUGGUGAUGUCCUGGGCGACCUGCCCUCUGAGGUCCUUCACCUCCCCAUUGGGCAGGGCAAAGCCUGGAAGGAGGACCCAGAUCACAGCUCAUUUCUUGGGCAUGAGGUACUGAGUUCUUGCCAGGAACCUCAGCUCCUUGAUGGGCCUGAGGUCAGGGAACCAGAGGAGCUGGUGAAGGCAGGCUCCGAGAUAGAAGUGGCAUUAUUGGGUGCCAAGGCAGCCACUGACCACCUGGACUUUGUGCAUGAGAUGGAGGAGCAGGGUUUCUUCAGACCCCUUCUGGGGGCUCCAGGGUCCCUUUGCCUGGGCCCCAUGCAGUUACACCUGCAGAACUUGGCAGCCACAUCGGCCGAGAUCACCUGGGUCUACAGCAGCAGCAGCCACCCCCACAUAGUGUACCUCAAUGACCAGGAGUACUCCCUGAUCCCAGCGGGUGUGAGUCACUGCACCUUCCACCACCUGCAUCCUGGCAUGAGGUACCAGGUGCGGGUGGAGGUGCAACCACUAUGGGACUCACUGCAGGGCCCCUCGGAGUCACUGUCCUCCACCAUCACCUUCACCACGCCCUUGGCUGGACCGCCUGAUCCCCCACUGGAUGUGCUGGUGGAGCCCCAUGCCUUCCCAGGCCUCCUGGUGGUCAGUUGGCUCCCCGUCACCAUCAAUUCAAUGGGCUCUUCCAAUGGUGUGCAGGUCACUGGCUAUGCAGUGUACGCCGACGGGCUCAAGGUGGCCGAGGUGGCAGACGCCACUGCUGGAAGCAUCGUGUUGGAACUCUCCCAGCUCCAGAGGCCACUGUUGUGCCAGAAGGUGUCCGUGAGAACCACGUCCCUCUGUGGUGAGUCCCUGGACUCUGUGCCAGCUCUGGUCCCCCUGGAUGGCUCUAUAAGUGCCCAGUCACUGGACCCCUCUCCUUUUACCUACACUAGUGGUGAUCUGUCAGCUGACAGAGUUGCCUUUUCCAUCUGCUCUCAGAGACAGGCCCAGACUGCUAAGACCAGCCCCCAGCCCCCAGGAAACUGUGCAGAGUCAGGGGCCAAGGGCCGAGAAGUGCUUCCGGAGGAACCACUCAGGAGGCACUGCCCGAGGUCCACCCUGGGUUCAGAAGGAAAGUGCCCCUGCAUUGGAAAAAGCCACCAAACACCAGGGACCACAGAGGCCCAUGAGGUCAGCAAAGAGGACAAAUCUUGGCAGAAGGGUUUCCAGAACCACAGGCCAACGUGGCCCAGUGGCUGUCUGGGCGGGAAAGAAGGCCACGAUGGGAUCUCGGCCACCCACACAGAGCCUGCUGCAGGCGUAAAGCAGCCCGUGGAGGAUGGGCCCUGCAAACAACCAUAUCAGGACCAGGCCGCCCUCGAGAAGACCCUUAGACCAAGGCAGGCUGACCCACAGUCCAUCCCUCCCCAUCACACCUCCUCAGUGUGUGACAUCUGGGGUGUUUGGCAGGAGGAGGCUGUGCCCUUAGGUCUACAGGGCACAGAGAGGCAAAAGCUGAGAAAGCGGCGUCGGACCCAGACUCUGGGCUGCAGGAGAGAAUGGCAGCUGCGCCAGCCCAGGCCUGCGCCACAUUCAGCUCCCUCCAGGAAAGUCCCGGGCAAGUCCGCAGGCAGGAAGCCUCUGCUGGAGACAGGGGCUGACCCUGAAACCAGGGUCUUUGUGGAGCUCAUUGAUCACGACCCCUUGGUGUCAUCUGGUGACCCCAAGGCUGAAGGGAAGGAGGUAGCCUUUCAGAAAGGGCAGUUGCUGAAAGUGUGGGGUUCUCAGGAUCCUCAUGGCUUCUACUAUGGUGAAUGCAGUGGGCAAAUGGGCAACAUCCCAGGCCACCUCCAGACUGAGGAGGAGAUCCAGGAGCGGCUGGUCAGCCAGUGGCUUUUGCCAUCGUCAGGGCACCAGCCCUCUAUGACCACCUUAGAUGACUUUGAGCUCCUCCCCAGCUCCCAGGGCUCCUUCCACCUUCCCCCAGGGGACCCCAGGAAGUCUCCGCUGUGGACCCCGAAGACCAUGAUGGCAGCCUUGGACUAUGACCCCAAAGAUGGUUCCACCAGAGGCCAGUGGAAGGGCAAGCUGUCGCUCAGGGCGGGGGACAUGGUCACAGUGUAUGGACCAGUGGAUGAUGAUGGGUUCUAUUAUGGGGAGUCAGGCAGUCGCAAGGGCCUGGUCCCAGCUUACCUGCUGGAUCACGUGUCUCUGCACGGAGAAUGA